CUGUAAUUUCUUGGAACUCACAUCUGUUUAUAUAUAGCUCAUAAUUUCAGGUGAUCAAGAGACAUACCUUUUAAACAAAUCAAGAUAUCAAUGGCAUCUUCAUCAUCCUCUUCUCCUUCCGCUCUGGCCCUUUCUUCUCAGUUGUGGCAAUACCAUGUUUUUCUUAGUUUUAGAGGAGAAGAUACUCGUAAGAAUUUUGUGGAUCAUCUCUACACAGCUCUUGAACAACUAGGAAUCUAUAGUUACAAGGACGAUGAAACACUUCCUCGGGGUGAAUCAAUCGGCCCAUCCCUUGAGAAGGCUAUUGAAGAAUCACAAAUUGCUGUAAUCAUAUUCUCUAAAAACUAUGCUGAUUCUGUAUGGUGCUUAGAUGAACUUGUACAUAUCAUGAAAUGUAAGGAUACACGAGGACAAAUCGUUAUGCCCAUAUUCUAUGACGUGGAUCCCUCUCUAGUGUGGAAACAAAAACAAAAAUAUGGAGAAGCCUUGGCUAAGCAUGAGUUGGAGAACAAGGCCAAGGCUGAAUCUUGGAGAAAAGCACUUGUGGAUGCAAGUAACAUUUCUGGAUGGGAACCCCAACACAUUGCCAACGGGCACGAGUCAAAAUGCAUCAAAAAAAUUGUUGACACAAUUUCACAUAGGUUGCAUCCACUAAGUUUAAGUGUGGAUGACAACCUGGUUGGAGUAGAGGCUCGCAUGCAAGAUUUGAUAUCAAUGUUACAAAUAGGGUUUAGUGGUAAGAUCAUGUUUGGAAUAUGGGGGUAUGGGGGUGGUGGUAAGACAACUCUUGCCUGUUCUAUUUAUGAUGAAAUCUCUAGCGAGUUUGAUGGUUGCUGCUUUCUAAAAAAUAUCCGGGAGGAAUCAAGUAAAAGGAAUGGUUUGGAAAGAUUGCAAGAAAAAAUUAUUUGUGGUGUUUUGAAACAAAAACAAGUGGAGGUAGGGAGAGUUGAAGAAGGAAGGCACAUGAUAAAGGAUAGGUUACACCAUAGAAAGGUCUUGAUUGUGCUUGAUGAUGUCAACAACCUUGAACACCUAGAGGAGUUAGCUGGAUCACAUGAUUGGUUCGGUGAAGGAAGCCGGAUAAUAAUCACAACCAGAGAUGAGCAUGUAUUAACUGCACACAAAGUAGAUGUGAUACACAAUAUUAGGUUGUUAAGCGAUGACGAGGCCAUGAAGCUCUUUUGCAAGCAUUCACCACGGGGUGACAGACGUAUGGAAGAUUAUGAGCAACUUUCAAAAGAUGUGGUUUCUUAUGCUGGUGGGCUCCCAUUAGCACUUAGAGUCCUCAAUCGUUUUCUAUGUGACAAAGACAUGGACGAAUGGAGAAGUGCCUUGGCUAGAUUGAAAGAAAUUCCAGAUGCUAAGAUUUUGGAAAAGAUAAAAAUCACCUUUGAUGGACUUACUCUCCUAGAAAGAGAGUUGUUCCUAGACAUUGCAUGUUUCUUCAGAGGGCGAUAUAAAGAUGAAGAGAGCAUGAUGAUACUUGAUGCUUGUGGUUUUCACCCUGUUAUAGGCAUAAAGGUGUUGAUACAAAAAGCUCUCAUAACUGUUUCUUUGGAUGGAAGGUUUGAUAUGCAUGAUUUGAACCUUGACAAGAUUGAAGCUAUAGACUCUCAACGUUUCAGGAGUGAUGAAUUACAACGUAUUCUUCAGGUCGCUGCAAACAUGAACAAACUUCGGUGGAUUGAUUUGGAAGAUAGUGCACGAUUGGUUGCUACUGCACUUCCAUUGAUUAUGCCAGAAAAGUUUCCACCAAAGGAGCUUUUUUGUCUAACAUUGCACAGGCUCAAUGUAAAGCAACUUUGGGAGGGUUACAAGGUGCUAGUUUGUUUGGUUUCAAUAUUUAUUUAUUCAAAUAUUGAUUCAUAAUUUAGUCCUAUCCGGUUGAAAAGUGGAAUGAAGGCUGUGUUCUAUAUAUAGUUUUUUAAACUUAAAACAUUUAUGUUUUAUGUUUACAGUCUUUAAGUAAAAAUAAACUGGUUCGAACACAUUAUUUGUUCCAGAAAUCCGAAAGAAAAUCAAAGGGGUGUUUUUGUACUCAAAAUGCAUCGUUUUGAGUGGUUAUUGAUGAAUAUAUUGGCAAACCUUUAACUUGUGUUCAUUUGUGACGGUAUCUACCAAAUUUGAGGUUGAUCAGUCUUCAUCACUUGAGGAAACUAAUCAACACACCUGAUUUCUACGGCCUUCCGAACCUUGAAAGAUUCAUGAUUGGUGAUUUUCCGCUUUUAGAAGAGAUUCAUCCAUCAUUUGGACGUUUGGAAAAGCUUGUCUGUGUACAGAUACAAGGUUGUGAAAGUCUUAAGAAGGUUCCACCCAUUACCCGGUCGAAGAAACUCAAGACUCUUUCACUCUCAGGGUGUAGUGCAUUUAAUAAUCUUUCAAAGAUCCAACAAAGUAUAGAGAAUUAUCUACCUCACAACAUGAACCACAUUGGGGAAUGGUUUUUUAGUGGAUGCUUAAGAAAGCUGGAUCUCAGGUGGUGCAAUUUGGUAGAUGGAGACAUCAGAUCUGGUGCUGUUUGGGAGUUACCCAACUUGCAUGUACUCCAUCUAACUGGAAAUAAAUUUUCACGUUUAAAUUUUGGUCUCUUGCGACUUCCUCGGCUCAAAUGUCUCAACGUGUCAUACUGCUAUGACCUUGUAGAAUUGUCGGAACUGCCAUCAAGUAUAGCUGUUGUGAUAGCGGAUGAUUGUAAGUCACUUGAAAGCUUCGGAGACAUUUCGAACUGUAAAUGGUUGUGGAAAGUCUCACUUGGGGGGCCCAACAAACUUGGUCCACAUGGUUGUGACAUAUUACUAGACUCCAUGCUCGAGGGAAACGCUGAAAAUUACUUUAUCAGUAUCAGAAUUUCAGGCAUUGACAUUUGGAGGGGGUUACCUGUACCUUGGUUUGACUGGGUGGAUAAUUGUAAUAUGUGGCUUCCACAUGAUUGGUAUGUUCGCUUUUCUGGGAUUUUGAUGUUUGUCAGAGCUGAGGACCUUUUUCUGGACAUUAAAAUAAGUAUGAAGCAGGGCAUAGACGAAGAUUUUCAAUCUCAUCUUUGGAAUAAGUCCAAUGAUAGUCUCAAGAAUCAUAAUCCUGACACAUAUGUAGGAUAUGUUUCGUUUAGUUCAUUGAGACACACCGGAUGCUUAAAUUCAACAUACAAUGUCAUUUCCUUCUCCUACGAUGAGCAUUUGUAUGUGGAUGGGCGUUGGUUUGGAGCUGUACUCCUUCCUAAAGGUGAUCGGAUGCAAACAACAAAAUUCAUAACAGAUUCCUCAGAAUUUGGGAAUGAAGAGGAAGUUUAUGAAAGAAAGACAUUUUACAUUCAACAUGAUUCGAACUCCUGUAUUAAGAUUCUAUGGAAUCCAUUUAGCCAUUUCUAAACCCAUUUUAACAGGUCACUUUGACUAUUCGCCAGUUCCUAGUUCCCACUCUCAGCUUUUUCAUUUGCAUUAUUACCUUUAAAUGUGUGAAUUUGUUGCUGUUAACCCAAGUCUACACUGAGAAAUAUAUUCAGCUGUCACUUUAGUCUCAGUUUCUUAACAGUUUGUUUAUUGAUCAUGGCUGUUGUUUUUGGUAAAAAGAAUUACUAGUACAAAUUAACUGACUAGAUGGAAAAUGGUAUGGUUGUUUUUUUUCUUUCUCA